AUUUUGAGGCCUUUCGGGGAAGUCGGUGAAGGUUUCGGAAUCAUUUGCAACGGCAAAUCUCGAGGCGUGCAGGAGAAGUAAGACGUGACGAAAUGCGGAAAGGAGUUGCAAGUCGAGGAACAAAGGUUGCUGUGUCGACCGCAGCAACGAUGUGGCUUUUGGCUGUGGCGUUGGUACUUGCAAUCGGGGUGACGACGGCGAUGGAUAUCACAUGUCCUCCCGCGUUCUUCAGUUUCGGCACUUCUUUGAGUGAUACAGGAAAUCGAGCUCACGUCGAUUUACCCGUAAAAGAUUUCUCUCAGCUCCCUCCCUACGGAGUGCCAUACUUCGGCGUCCCCAGCAAUCGAUUUUCCGAUGGACGCCUCAUUCUAGACUUCUUCGCAAGCGCAUUCGGGUUUCCCUUCAUCGAGCCCUUCCUGACAGACGAUGCUCCUGACUACACCCGCGGUGUGAACUUCGCGUUCUCCGGUGCAUUGGCAUUACCUUAUGGUGUUCCCUACUACUUCGAGGUACAAGUGAGCCAGUUUGCCACCUUCAAGGCCCGAGCUUUGUCAUCGCAUACAUUUACAUCCGACUAUCCGGGUUUGGACAAGUUCGAUCAGGGCAUGUACAUGGUCUUUUUCGGAAGAAACGAUUUUACAGAUGCAUACGGGAUGCAAAAUUUGACGACGAGUGAGGUCCUCAAAAGAAUUGUGCCCUUGCUGGUCCGAGUGAUCGUCGAUCACGUCCAGGAGCUUUACGACGAUGGGGCUAGAACCUUCAUGGUGUUCAACGUCAACCCUCAAGGAUGUCAGCCCCAGUACCUGACUUUGUUCGCGGACAGGCACUCCGAGCGCGAUUCCAACGGAUGUCUGGCAGCGUACAAUCGCGUGAUCCGAAUCUUCAACUCGCGUCUGUGGAAAGCCGUGCAAAAUCUGCGCAAAACUCUGCCCGACUCCAUGAUCUUCUACGCAGACUUCUACGGCGUCACCAAGCAAGUCUUGGACCACCCUAAAGAAUACGGAUUUGCGCCGGAUAAGACUUUGGUGGCGUGCUGCGGAAUUGGCGGCGAGUACAAGUACGACCCGCCGAGGAGAUGCGGCACUCGAGGGAUGGUGAACGGGCAGUGGGUCGACGAGAGCAAGGCUUGCUCCCGACCUUCCGACCACGUCAGCUGGGACGGCGUCCACUUCACCGAAGCGUUUUACAAGCACGUUGCCACGCAGCUGCUGACGGGCCGAUUCCUGGACCCUCCCGUCGACUUCCUCAAAACGUGCAACCUCGACUUCACGCCCUUCAAUCAGCCCCAUGCGGCUCUCUAUUCUCGAUAGCAAGCCAGAUGCACCUGGAGCUCAUGCAUCAUCCAUCGAAUCAUUCAGCAAGUUCGACUUUGGUCGUCAUUCAAAAUCCAUCAAAAUUUCACUUGUUGAAUAGUCAUCCAUUGUGAUCUUGAUUUACCAUUGAUAUUGAAGGUGUAUAAUAUUAUGAAAUGGACUCAUUUUUUUUCGCC